UGUUUUGUUUUUGUUGCGUUUGCCUCUUAAAUCAGUGCUGCAUAAAUAUACUGUACAAGCUUUUAUAUAUAUAUACAAUAUGGAUAUGCUUUAAAAACUGAUUUAGAAGUUGCAGGGAAAGUCCUUUAAUGUGUAGAAGAAUUCACUGUGGGAUCGUGUCUGCUCUCACCAGUAAUCAUUUUGGACACACUUGGAUAUGUACAAUAAACACAAUUAUUAUUAUUAUUUUCCGCAACGCCACUCUUUAUCUCCUCGCUUAUAAAUAUAAAUAAUAAUAAUCAAUAAUUACAGAGGAGACUUGCUGCCUAUUACAACACGACAGUAGACACACAGGCUAACAGAAAACACACUAACAUGCAAACGUGGAAAAUAAAAAUACAGCGCAUCCGUUUUUAAUUAAACAGGAAGUGGCUUGGUUACAGGGUUAAUAUUUACACAGCACCUGAAGGGGGCCAAGCACCGGAUACAACCGCGUCACUCUCUCUCAUCGGAGUCGACUCGGAAUUAGCAGACGUUUAUCAGGACUAGGCGUGUGUUCGAGCGCUUCCGAUAUAAACCCCUUGUGGAAUAAGGUUAGUUUGAAAGCGUGUCGUUUCUGUCUCCGAGAAGACAAUCCCAUAUCCCAUAACGCCGUUCCCAAGACAACACCUCCAGCUACGUAUAUCAUGUACAUAGUAAUAUAGAAUUGUGAUUUCGUCUAAACCAGGUUAAUAUCGUGAUGCAUACCGUAAUGUCAGCACAUGCCUAGUCUUGGAAUUUUGGGGGGGGGUUGGGUAAUUGGGAGACCACAACAGAUAUUGAAAGUUUUGUUAACAGGUGGUGGAGACAAAACGUACAACAUCCAAACAGUCCAUGUAGCUGUGUGUGUAUGGAAGACAUGUAUGUGCAUGACCCUGUGUGUGUUUUUGAGAAGUGAGUUUGGUUUGGAUUUUUUCACGUUUCUCUCGGCACCGGAGUCGAACAUUCAGCGUUCCAGAGGUUCCGUGUCACUGGAAGUUUGCGUAAGGAAAACUCUGUCCAUGAAAACAGUAUUUGAGAACUAAAUGCAGGAAUAAUAAUAAAAUAAGUAAAUAAUCAAAACCCACAGUCCGCAUUGUUGAUGGCCCUUUGGAGUAAAGCUGGUCUUUGCUGUUUGGUACGAGUGUGUGUGUGUGUGUGUGUGUGUGUGUGUGCGGGUUUAAUGCAGGAUAAUGGGUUUGCUGCUGCCUUGUGUGUUGAUGUACUGGUUGGAGAAUGCAUCCACCGUGCUGUAAGACGUAUAAACACCCGAGAAGGGGAUUUCGGCAGCGCUGGACACCGGCGUCGUGCUCACACCCUCCAGGUCACAGUCAGAGAGACGCAGGGGGGAGUUACUGAACGAGCCCAGGGCCUCCAGGUUAAAGCUGUCGUCCUUCAUCUCGUCCCACAGGUUUCCUGCAGAUGGACAAGGGGCAGUGAGUGAGUGUCUCUGAUAUCGAGCUAGUAUGAUGACUUCCAGGUAUUAGUACAGACGCUUAACCGCUGAUCCAACACUGCCAAGACGUGAUGAAGGAUCAAAGGUGUCUGUGUGUAAUACUGUAUACUACUGUAUCUAGAUAAUAUGCUGUGUCAGACUAGUUUGCUACUGUUGUGUAGUGUUAGCAUUUAGCAGUGACGAUAAGGCUUUCCUGCUCACCAUGACAACAACUGGGACAAGCACUCGGUUUAUCUCAUGCAAAAAUUCAGUAACAAACCUUGCAAGGCGAAAUCCAUGAUGCUGGGGUCCAGAGCGUCCACCUCGGAGUGGACAUCGCUGUGGAUGCUGAAGAUCUCCGCUUGUUGUUGUUGUUGUUGUUGUUGUUGUUGUUGUUUGAUGAGGUCAGGUACAGGGUGGAGCGGCGGUGUUUGAGCAGGAGCCGGAGACGUGGGUGCUAUCCGGGGCUGAGUGUGGAGCUGCAUCUGGAGCUGAUGGUGAACAGUAAGGCACUGCAGAGACAAAACCGGCUGAGGCGGAGGAAGCUGAGGAUCCAGCGGUUUCCUCCUGCAGCUCUCCGGACGGUCUGUGAUCAGCUUGUCUAAUUCAUCUGAGGAAGAACAUCCGAGGAACGUCAGAGAUUCAGGCAUUAGACUUCACAGUUAAACUGAUCCAUAACUGCAGAAACACCACAAUCAGAUCCUACUGCGUUACCGAUACCGACCUGGGUUGGCCAUGCUGCGUCGGAUAGCCGUUAGGUCCUUACGCUUCCAUUUCUGCAUCUCCUCCUCCAUCUUGUCGAUCUUGGCCGGGUUGAGCGCCCACAGGCAGCCCUUCCUCGACGAGCCGCUCAUCUUGUUCUCCACUUUCUCGAAACAUUUAUUCAGAGACAGGUUGUGCCGGACGGAGUUCUUCCAGCCGUCUGGUGCCGUCUGACCGUCCCAGAGAAUUCAAACCGGAAAGAGUCAGACGCACUGUUCUACUGAAUCAACCCUGUCUAGUGCUCGCUUUCAUCCUCUCACACUCACCUUAAAGUAGGGGAAGUGUUCCUUCAUGAAGCUGUAGAUCUCACUGACCGGGAGACUUCCUGUCUUACUGUUCUUCAGAGCCAUAGCAAUCAGGCAGCUACAGACAGACAGACAGACAGACAGGGAGAGAGAGAGAAUUCUUCUCUGCAUUUUUAUAUACUGGUACAUAAUAAUGCAAACAGCUAUUUUUCUGAGGUGUAGAAUUUGGCGUGUGGAUAAAGUGAAGCCUCUGUACUUGGCUGGUGCUCUUCUCGUUCCUAAUAAGACUACAGAGUGGAAACACUCGACUGUGGAUGUCUUCUCUUGACCACAUCAGCUGAUGUACAGUGUGUGACCAACUGGCAUGGUGGCUCACCUGUAGGAGUAGAUGGGUUUGGGGAAGGUUUUGGGCUGCGUCUCCUGGCUGUGUGGAGGGUGGACCUGCUGCUGUGUGAAUAAACUCUGGUUGUUGAAGUUGCUGUACAGUCCUCCAGGAGAACACUGCAGAUCACCGUGUAAACACACAGGAGUGAACGAGCAUGUAGGGUUUAUUAUACCUCCUGCUUUUCCCCUCAUAUCAGACUUUUACAUUACUGUAAGCUUUUAGAGAGCAUUCGGCUGUCUAACUAAACUAAACAAAUUUCUGAACGCGUCACGAUGUCCUAAAUACUCGUCCUACGCCUUAAUGUUAACGACUCUGGAUCUUCUCAACGCUUCAGAUGUUCAUCGGAUCAUCAGUUUCUCCUAAAGAUGUUAACUCUGUAUUAGAAACAAGGUCAGAACCAAACUCUACAUCUGUAAAGUACUGUACCCCGAGCUGCGAUUUAGGGCGUGGCCGGGUGUGUGAGUGACGCACCUGCUGGUUGGACUGGGAGAAAGUCAUCACCUGCUGAGAAGAGGUCUGAUAGACCGAGGCAGGACACGGGAAACUGGGAGAAAACUGCGGCAUCUGAGGAACGCGCAGUCACAGAAACGGUUAACACCUCCAGGAUACGUUUGCAGGCAGAGGGCUGUGCUGCAUGUUACUCUGCAGAUGGAGCAUGGACGUCCCGCCUCCAGCCACGCUCAUGUUACUCAGCUGAGCCGCUUUGGUCCUGAGCGCUCAUGCUGAACUCGGCUCGGCCCGAGCGGAGCUGCUGCAGACGAGGGACGUCCACCGAGGUCAGCCAGGUCAGAGACUGGAGGUCACCGGGGUCAAACUUACACAGCUCGGACGUGUCCGAGAAAGGAAAAGGUAAGCCACGUCAGUUGGACCUGGAGCGGGCGCUGACUGCCAGAGACCGAGUCGGUGUCCAGGACCUGGUGCUGCUGGACGCCCACAACAGCGAGACAGCCGUUCUGGACAACCUGAAGAAGCGCUUCUCCGAGGACCUGAUAUACACUUAUAUUGGAACCCUUCUGAUCUCAGUCAACCCGUACAAAGAGUUGGACUUCUACAGCAAGAGGCACAUGGACCUUUAUAUGGUGGUCAACUUUUAUGAGCUUCCACCCCACAUCUACGCCCUGGCGGAUAACGCCUACCAGACCAUGCUAGCGGAGGCUAAUAACCACUUCAUUCUGAUCUCUGGAGAGAGCGGGGCGGGAAAAACCGAGGCCACUAAGAAGAUCCUGCAGUAUUACGCUGUUAGCUGCCCCAGUAGCUCCCUGCUGAACUCCGUCCGGGACCAGAUGCUCAUGUCCAAUCCUAUCCUGGAGGCUUUUGGAAAUGCCAAAACACUGAAGAACGACAACUCCAGUCGCUUCGGAAAGUACAUGGACAUUCAGUUCGACUGCCAGGGCGAUGCAGUUGGAGGUCACAUCCUCAGCUAUCUGCUGGAGAAAUCGCGCGUGGUCCACCAGAACCACGGCGAGAGAAAUUUCCACAUCUUCUACCAGCUGCUGGAGGGAGGAGACGACGACCUGCUGAGACAACUGGGCCUGGAGAGGGACACGCAGCGCUACAACUACCUGCUACAGGGGGAGUGUGCCAAAGUGAGCUCCAUCAACGACAGGAACGACUGGAAAUCAGUGAAAAACGCCCUCCUGGUCAUGCACUUUGGUCUCAGCGACAUUGAGCAUCUGUUUGGAAUCAUCGCAAGUGUUCUGCACCUGGGGAACGUCCCGUUCGACAGAGACACCAAAGGCAAUGCUGUCCUCAACUCCAACGCUGAACUGCGCUGGGUAUCGAAGCUGACUGGGGUCCAUGUACAGGUUCUGACCGAGGCUCUGACCUACAGGAAGAUCGAAGCUAGAGCAGAUGAGGUUCUGUGUCCCUUCACCGUCGACCAUGCCACCUACGCCAGAGACGCCCUGGCCAAAGCCAUUUAUGGACGCACCUUCACCUGGCUGGUCAACCGCAUCAACGAGUCACUCGAGAAUCAGGACUCGAGCAGAAAAACGGUUAUCGGACUGCUGGACAUCUAUGGGUUUGAGGUCUUCUACGUGAACAGUUUUGAGCAGUUUUGCAUUAACUAUUGCAACGAGAAGCUCCAGCAGCUGUUUAUCCAGCUCACGCUGAAGGCUGAGCAGGAGGAGUACGAGGCCGAGGGCAUCGAGUGGGAACCGGUACAGUUCUUCAAUAAUAAAAUCAUCUGUGACAUGGUGGAGGAGAAGCACAGAGGGAUCAUCUCAGUUCUGGACGAGGAGUGCUUGAUGCCAGGCGAUGCGACAGACCUGACCUUUCUGGAAAAGAUGGAGAAGAAAAUGGGCAACCAUCCUCACUUCAUCACACAGAAGCUGGCUGAUAAGAAAACCCGCAGGACUCUGGAGAGAGGCGACUUCCGUCUGCUUCAUUACGCCGGAGAGGUGACGUACUGCGUCGUGGGCUUCAUAGACAAGAACAAUGACCUGCUGUACAGGCACAUCAAGGAGGUGAUGCGGCAGUCGAAGAACUCUAUAAUGCAGCAGUGUUUCUCGUCUGACGAGGUGGACAGCAGGAGAAGACCCGAGACGGUGGCGACUCAGUUUAAGAACAGCCUGCAGGGACUGACUGAGAUCCUGAUGGCGAAAGAAGCCUGGUACGUUCGCUGCCUAAAAUCCAACGACGACAAGCAGUCAGGUAAGACUACACACACACACACACACACACACACACACACACACACACACACACACACACACACACACACACACACGUGUGAAUUCGUGUUUACAUCUCGCACACUGUCUGUCCGUCUAGGUAGGUUUGAUGAUGUACUGGUGAGGCACCAGGUGAAGUAUUUGGGUCUGAUGGAACACCUGAGAGUCAGACGGGCCGGAUUUGCAUAUCGGAGGAGAUACGAGGAAUUUCUCAAGAGGUAUAAACCUCUGUGCCCUGAUACCUGGCCACACUGGAGGGGAGUUCCUGCUGAGGGAGUGGAGAGACUGGUGCAGCACCUGGGGUACCAGCCUGAUGAGUACAAGAUGGGCAGGACCAAAAUCUUCAUCCGCUACGCCAGGACACUAUUCGCCACUGAGGACGCCUACGAGAUCUGCAAACAUGAGCUGGUUGCAAAGAUACAAGCAAAGUACAAGGGUUACCGGACUAGAGAAGAGUUCAAGAAACAGAAAGAAGCGGCUACUAAAAUUGAAACGUGCUGGAGAGGAGUUCAGGCUCGGAAAGAGCGAGAGAGACGAGCCUGGGCCGUCAAAAUCAUCAAGAAAUUUAUUAAGGCUUACCUGACGCGUGGCGAGGCAAAACCCACAGAUAACUCCGAGUACCUGGCGUUCGUCAGACAGAGCUACCUCAAAAGGCUGAAAAAUAAUCUACCGGAAACCGUUUUGGACAAAACCACGUGGCUCACACCUCCACCUGUAAUGAGAGAGGCGUCGGAGAUGCUGCGGAGGCUGCACACGCGCUGGUUAGUGAGGAAGUACGUGCGAGGGAUCACCCCGCAGAGGAAAGCUCAGCUGCAGCUGAAGGCGGUCACCAGUGCCAUCUUUAAAGGGAAGAAGGAAAGCUACCCUCAGAGUGUCGCUGUGCCUUUUGUGGACACCAGGAUCAGUGAGCAGGACAUUAACGAGCGCGUCCUGCAGACGAUGACGCAGGAACGCAUCAAGUACAGCGUUCCUGUGGUGAAGUACGACCGGAACGGGUUCAAGCCGAGACCCAGGCAGUUCAUUCUCACCCAGGUCGCACUUCACGUCGCAGAAGAGGCCAAGAUCAAACAGAGAGUCGAGUACGUCUCACUCAAAGGUGUUUCUGUCAGUAACCUGGGAGACACUUUCAUGAUCCUCCACGUGGUGAGCGAUGGCCCCAAACAAAAGGGAGAUCUCAUACUUCAGUGUGAUCACCUCUACGAAGUCGUGACCAAACUGAGCGUGCUGGCGAACAAGCAGAACGCCAUCAACGUGCUCCAGGCAAGUAUUAAGUUUGAGAUCAGCGGAGGUAAGGAGAACUUCGUGGACUUCAGCACUGGACAGGAAGCCACGGUGUACAAGGACAAAAACGGCCAUCUGAUGGUGGUCACACCGAGGGUGAGGUCCCGCUGAUGUGAGUCCUGAAGAAGACCAGCUUCUUCUGUCCGAUAUAAACAUCUAGCUCAGCUCUGCAGGGACAAAACUAUCGUUCAGGUUUUUAAACGGACUUUAAUUCAGCGUUUUCCUCUUUAUUAUUAAGUUUAAACGUAGCUGGCUUACACACAAACAGGGUUUUCCUCCCCAGUGGUUCCUGCUCUUCAGUCCUCAUUUAAAAAUCAACUCAUAACCUGUAAUCAUAACCGAUUUCCUGAACCUGUAACACGGAGCCAUAUUUACGACAAGGUUUUAUACUUAAAAAAUAAAUAAAUAAAAAGACGAGCGCAAUAAAAAGAUUCUGGUCUUGGAAAAUCUGUAGAAAUAUUUAUUUGUGAUAAGGAGUGUAUAAAUAUAAUUGUAUGUAAAACAUUUCUUAAAUCGUGUGCGCUUCUGUACAAACAUCUCUACAGUAUACAGAUUACAUAAUGUUCCUUUAAUAAAACUAGCCACAGACACAAUGUGACUGCACACACACACACACACACACACACACACUAAACAAGAGACAUAGUUUAACUGAAAUUCUAUUUAACAGACUUCACUGAUCUAGGAUCAGCUUUCAUACUGUAGCGAAAAUAAUACCGAGCAUGCCGCUUCUGGACCAGUCACGUUACUGCUGAUCCAGGACCAGUUCUACACUUUCGAUACAAACUAUACUCAUGUGAAGCUGAUCCUGGAUCUGUGAACUGUGUGUUAAACCACAGAGAAGGACCCCGUAAUGUAUGGGGGCGGGGAAGGGGGGUGGCAACGCUCCAUCAGUAUCUGAAUAAUACAGUUACAUUCCACUACUGAACCGUCCACACGCUGCAGUUCGUCUGGGUUUCACUCGCUCAACACAAGAACUCGGAGACCCACGGAGAGACGCGACGUUACCUGCCUGCCGUUAAUUCAUUCAUUAAUUAAACAGCACACGGUGAAGUGACGCCGUGUAAUCCACCACAUCUAGUACGCAUCGCUGACAUGAUUUAUAGGGGGAGUUAUUGCUCAGCGUGACCACAGCCUGCUUUCUAAAGGGGCGAAAUGAGCACAAUGCUGCCCUCUGGUGGAUAAAGAGUUACAGCAUCUCUAUUCUCAGUGCAUCAA